GGUAAUGGUUGAGUCUUGGCACGAAGAAACAGCUCACGCAUCAUAUUGUUUCGAAGCCGCUGAUCUCCCUACCAAAAACGUAGUGGUUUACUCGGACAGAGCCGAAGUGAAACGCGUUGUAAAGGUUUCGUUAAGCAAAGGGACCAGCGAGAUUAUCUUGAAAAAUGUAUCAGCUGUAAUCGAGCGUCAGUCAGUAAGAGUCGAUGGACAUGGUGUGCUCAUACAGGAAGUGCAGUAUCAGGAAAUGCCCAUAGAUACGGAACAAGAAAAUGAGAAGAUCCGUGCCCUGGAGAGAGAAAAAGUGAAUAUGGAGAACGAGCGGUUUGCUAUCGAAGACGAAAUGUGUUCUCUACGGAAGCGCAUCGAAGUGCUUGAUGGCGUUGCAAGCCAGAUUGCAACUGGACCCCCGUCAACGUCUUCUUUACCUAACGAACCACUACCAUUGUCUACCAGGAGACACACUGUCAUCGGUUCAACGGCAUCUCAGUUUUCACACUCAGCUCCAUCUGUUGGGUUUCUUGUCAACGAAGAAACAAUCAGCAAUCUCGCCAAAUUCUUGUCCUAUUAUAGCGAAACCGUCUCCAACAUGAAAACGAGCUUGAGGAGCCGACAGCGUGACUUGGACCAACAGUCUGAGAAAAUUGAAGCUCUUGAGAGAAAAAUUGAUCAACUGCGAUGCGGUUACGAGUACGAUUCAGUUAGGCGGAACAUCACGAUUGUGGUGGAAAUGGAAGCACCUGCAGCCGUUGAAUUGUUUGUAUCUUACCAGGUAUACUGUGCAAGCUGGAAGCCUGCCUAUGAUAUCCGCGCUGUGACCACCGCAGGAGGCGAGCAGGAAAACAAGAUUAAGCUGUGUUACUAUGGUCUCGUCGAGCAAAAUACAGGGGAUGAUUGGAAUGACACCGAUAUGGUACUUUCGACGGCAAGUCCAUCCGUUGGAGGAUGUGCUCCACAACUCGCAACCCUCUCAGCUAGCAUUCAACGUCCCAGCAAGAAUCAACGCCAAAGACAGCCAUCAGCAAGAAGAAAACCUCUGUACGAAGCAUCGGAGGAGGACAUGGGUUUUGGUUCGUAUGACUGCAACGAAAUGGCGGACGCUGCUGCUUUACAUCGCUUCACAACAGCUCAAAUAAGCAGAAGCAGUGAGGACAACAGUGUCUCUACACCUAGCGUCGAGAAUCUCGUAUCGACUUGCUUCUCCGUUCCGCGUGCUGUGAAUAUUCCAAGUAAUGGAGCCGAACACAAAGUGCUGAUUAUGAUGGUAGAUCUGGCUUGUUCGUACACUCACGACUGCGUACCACCUCGCUGUGCUUCCGCAUUUCUCUCAGCUGUAAUCACAAACACCACGCCUUUCCCUUUACCUCCUGGUGAUGCAGCGGUGUAUCUCAACAACGGCUUUGUGACCAAAACCCAUCUUCGUGCUGUUCCGCCCGGUGAGGAGUUCCGCUGUUCUCUCGGAACGGAUCCUUCGAUAAAAAUUGACUAUAAGACACCAACGAUAAGUCAGGAACAGGUUGGAUUUAUGUCAAAGAGUACUCUGAUCACGCACGAGCAAAUGAUAUCGCUUCGAAACGCGAAAGCCACGCAAGCUGUGCAGCUUACUGUCAAGGAGCAGAUCCCCAAAUCUACCGACGAAAAAAUCAAAGUCUGCAUCGUUUCUCCCGACGUUCGCGCCAAACAUGGGGAAGCUAAGCUCAAUAAGGAUCACAACUUGGAGUGGACAUUUGUCUUGGCUCCGGGACAACAGCGAGAUUUGCUCGUCAAGUACACCAUCGAGCAUCCUGCUUCAGAAGCAGUUUCAUUCAAGCAGCUGGCAUAGCAUUGAUAGAGUAUACUGUAGUGAGAUUUGAUUACUUUCGGGUGGACUGGAUGUGUUUGAUGGCUGAGUGACAUUAGGUCCAUAUGGCUGUACUGUUAGAGUCCGCGGUCGGACUGCUAAGCAUGCGUCAUUCUAAUUUGGCAAUAUGGAUAAAAUGAAACUUUUAUUGUCAGUUAGUUAGAACUUUUCUUAAUGUUUUCAGUUUUUAUAAAGCAGAGUCAUCAUACUAGAUGAACUUAUGUAUAACUGGAAAUAAAUAUUCUACACAACAACAUCUACCGUGUGCUU